UUUGUUUCUGAACUUUCAGAAAAUUCAGUAUGAAAUUAAAAGUAAAAUACAUUUUGAUGCGAUGGGUGCCAGUAGCCACUUUUCAAAGGAUUUGAGUUUAAAAACAUUGAAAACACUUGCUUGGAGAAUCAAAAUGUUCAAUUUAUUCACUGUAAUGUUAUGUUAUUACAUUAAACCUACAAGACCAUCAACGUUGCUGUCAAAAAAUUACAGAAGUUAGAAUUAAAUCGUUUCUCUUUACUUCAAGAUGUUAAAGUGGAUCACCAGAUUUCCUGAAACAAAAGAAUCUCUUUUAGUGCCAUAGAGUGGUUAAUUCAGUGAGAGACUCCGAGCUUUAGUAAAUAACACCUAAUUAUUAUAGGUGCCAUAGAAAACAGUGAUGCCAUAAAAACACUGUACAACUUGUCAAUAGAUUUUAAUUCCAGAAGUCCAUUUAUAGGAUAUUGAAUAAUAUAAUACAUUUAAGAAAAAAUGGAUGAAGAACCUGAAAAAACUAAGCGAUGGGAAGGAGGCUAUGAAAGAACAUGGGAGAUUCUUAAAGAAGAUGAGUCAGGAUCACUUAAAGCUACAAUAGAAGACAUUCUCUUCAAAGCAAAGAGAAAAAGAGUAUAUGAGCACCAUGGACAAGUUCGACUUGGAAUGAUGCGCCAUCUUUAUGUGGUCGUGGAUGGAUCAAGAACAAUGGAAGACCAAGAUUUAAAGCCGAAUAGACUGACGUGUACUUUAAAGUUGUUGGAAUACUUCGUAGAGGAAUAUUUUGAUCAAAAUCCUAUUAGUCAGAUUGGAAUUAUUGUGACAAAGAGUAAAAGAGCUGAAAAAUUGACAGAACUCUCAGGAAACCCUAGAAAACACAUAACGUCUUUGAAGAAAGCUGUAGAUAUGACCUGCCAUGGAGAGCCAUCUCUUUAUAACUCCUUAGACAUGGCUAUGCAAACUCUAAAACACAUGCCUGGGCAUACAAGUAGAGAAGUUCUAAUCAUCUUUAGCAGCCUCACAACUUGUGAUCCAUCUAAUAUCUAUGACCUAAUCAAGACCCUCAAGACAGCUAAAAUUAGAGUGUCUGUUAUCGGAUUGUCUGCAGAGGUUCGGGUUUGCACUGUCCUUGCUCGUGAAACUGGUGGCACAUACCAUGUUAUUUUAGAUGAAAGCCAUUACAAAGAAUUGCUAACACAUCAUGUUAGUCCUCCUCCUGCUAGCUCAAGUUCAGAGUGCUCCCUGAUUCGUAUGGGAUUUCCUCAGCAUACCGUUGCUUCUCUGUCUGAUCAAGAUGCAAAGCCCUCUUUCAGCAUGGUGCAUUUGGAUAGCAAUACUGAGCCAGGACUUACAUUAGGAGGCUAUUUCUGCCCUCAGUGUCGGGCAAAGUAUUGUGAGCUUCCUGUUGAAUGUAAAAUCUGUGGUCUUACUUUGGUGUCUGCUCCCCAUUUGGCACGGUCUUAUCAUCAUUUAUUUCCUUUGGAUGCUUUUCAAGAAAUUCCCCUAGAAGAACAUAAUGGCGAAAGAUUUUGUUAUGGAUGUCAGGGGGAAUUGAAAGACCAACACGUCUAUCAUUGCACUGUGUGCCAAAAUGUUUUCUGUGUGGACUGUGAUGUUUUUGUUCAUGACUCUCUCCACUGUUGUCCUGGAUGUAUUCAUAAUAUUCCAACUCCUUCAGGUAUUUGAUUCCAGCAUAUAAUACACAUUGUAUGUGUUAAAAAGAAACUUGCAAUUGUAAAUAAAAUGAUUUUUUAGAAGAAGUUCUAAUUAAAACAUGAAAAGCAGUUAAAAAAGAAAAUCUGACUUAAACUUUUUUGCUAAGAAAAUGUAAUAUUUUAUUAAAUUUUAAAAUGUCCUGCCACAGAAAUUCCUGGAAUUCAAUAGUAGUUCUUUUAGUUAAUCUUGUUUUCUAUUAUUUUGAGUUAUAAUGUUUUCUUU